AUGGCACCUCACACAGAUUUUGCUCACAAGCUGAGGCCGGCUCCGCCAGAUGGCGCGACCAUUAUCAAGCGUGAGCGCCUAGGAUCUGACCUUGAUGCCGACCAACUUGGUCAAUAUCUGCAUGGCAAGACAUACAUUGAUAGACAGCAACGCAUUCUAGACAUCGUCAGAAGAGAGAAACUCUUCGACAAGACACAGCAAACAAACCUAUCUCGUCCAGAUCGCUACAAGCUAGGCCUCGCGAGAGGGAAACGUUUACGUCAAUUGCAGGAUGUCCAUCGGUGGGACGACGAAGAUUUUGUGAUGGCCGAAUAUCUGGUGGACGAUGUCCAGCCUUACCAUCUACACAUUUCACUCUUUACAGCUGCAUUGAGAGAACAAACCAACGACGAGCAACGAGCGUAUUGGAUGCCGAAAGUCGUGUCGUGGGAAAUCAUUGGUGCAUAUGCACAAACCGAGCUUGGACAUGGAAGCAAUGUCCGGGGAAUCGAAACAGAAGCACGUUGGGAUCCGCAGUCUCAGCAUUUUAUACUCCAUAGUCCGCAUCUGACGGCAAGCAAAUGGUGGAAUGGUACUUUGGGUAGGACGGCUACUCACGCUGUGGUGAUAGCACAGUUAUUGCUACCUGCAGAAAGUGGGAAGACGGACGUCAAACACCAAUCUCAUGGGCCACAUCCGUUCAUUGUCCAAGUUCGGGACACAAAGACACAUCAACCACCAAACUCCAUCAUAGUCGGUGACAUUGGACCCAAAUACGGCUACGCUCCGAUGGAUAAUGCGUACAUGCUAAUACCACAUAGUGCUCUUCUUUCGAGAUACUCCCAGCUUGAUCUCCUCACCAGAGUGUACACCAAGUCAAAAAAUCCUAGCUCACUUUACGGACAGUUGACGAGAGGGCGUGCAGUUAUAGCGAUGCACGCUCGUCUAGUCCUGGCCCGAGCAGUGACGGUCGCCGUCCGCUAUCUAUCCAUCCGACGUCAAUUCCAUGACCGCGACGAUCCUCACAAACAAGGGCCGGCGCUAUCAGUCCUAGACUAUUCCACCGUCCAAAUCCGCAUUUUGCCACUGCUUGCCACUACUUUUGCACUCCACUACAGUGGUCUGGCAAUGCGACAACUCUAUGAGCGGACUAGGAACAGCAGUGCAUCCGACGGUGAUCGAGUUUCCGAAAACGCCGACAUGGCCACAUUGAUGGAGCUCCAUAGCACAUCUGCAGGAUUGAAGAGUCUCGCUACCGAGCUCGCGGCAAAUGGGAUUGAAACAUGUCGCAGAGCCAUGGGCGGGCAUGGGUAUGGUGGCGGAACUGGCCUGAUUCAACUCAAUGCAGACUAUCUCUCCAAGCCUACCGUUGAGGGUGAUAACUGGAUGAUCACACAGCAGGUUGCUAAGUAUCUGAUCAAGAAGGUCAAGGAGCGCGCCCAUUCCCUCAAAGGUCAGGCUCUCAACAAGACAGAGGAGAAUCUCAAGGACUAUCUGUAUAGUCGUACCAGAGAGCCUAAUUUCAAAGUCCUCGAAGACGAUGCGACCCUUGUGCAGGCUUUCAAUUGGCGUAUGUCUUGGUUGGCUUCGCGCGCAUAUGACGCAAGAGAAGUACAGAGGAGGCCAUGGAACAGUCUUUUAGUAGAGUUUCAUAAACUCAGUCGAGCAUACUCCCAAGCGAUGCUCGUGUCCAACUUCCACACCGCCAUUGCUUCAGCGGCAGUGCAAGAGCUACCAACAACCACACGCAACGCCCUAACGGAUCCGUUCCGCCUCUUCGCCUUGAACACAAUGGACCAUGAGGCGCGCGAAUUUCAAAAAUCUGGCGCCGUGAGCUCGGAUACUCUGGACGAGGUUUCUGACACGGUGUUGUCUCUCAUGACCAAGAUCCGGCCUCAUGCUGUGAAGCUCGUCGACGCAUGGGCCCUGCCAGAUUAUCUCUUAGAUAGUGCACUAGGUCGCUACGAUGGCCGAGUCUAUGAAGACCUCUUCAAUCGCGCACAUGUGCUGAACCCUUUGAACAAGGUGACAUUCAACCCAGACUACCGCAACGACGAGAUUGUCUUGGGUAGUGGAGAUGUAGCGAAGAUUCAAGCAAAGCUUUAA